GACAAGCUGUUCGAUGCAGUGUCAGCGAUCAAUGAGGUCGCAAAGGACCUUCAGCGCCGCCUCCAAACGGAGGAAUGUAGCGACGGGGUUGACCUCACCGAUGCGCACAACAUCGCACAGAUCAUUCAGGGCGCGGGCUUCAUGGCCCUUGCCAUGUGGUUGAUCUUCGCCAACAACUCCAAAGUGGCAGUUGCCCAGAAAGCGCCUUUAGAGCAGCGUCACGCGAUCUGUGCCACGAUCAGUACGGCCGUGGCCCUCUUCUCUGGUUUCUUCAACAUCUUACAGCUCACAGCCAUUGACGACUUCGAUCUUCCAGGUCGCGAAAACAACUUCACGCUCAACUUGUCCAGACCGAUCGAGUGGAUUGCAACGUGCCCCAUCAUGCAGCUGAAGCUGGUCGUCCUUGCAGGCUCUCGUGUGCCCAGCUACCGCCGGUUCAUGAUGCCCUUGAUCUCGGUGGCCGUGCUUCUUUGUG